AUGUCUCAGGAACUAAGCGUUGACGUACUCGUUAUCGGUGCGGGGCCUACAGGGUUGGGUGCCGCUAAGCGCCUGAACCAGAUUAAUGGCCCCUCGUGGUUGAUUAUCGACUCCAACGAGAAGCCGGGCGGUCUCGCCUCGACCGACGUGACACCGGAGGGUUUCCUCUACGACGUCGGCGGCCAUGUCAUCUUCUCGCACUACAAAUACUUCGACGACUGCCUCGACGAGGCCCUCCCCAACGAAUCCGACUGGUACACGCACCAGCGUAUUUCCUACGUGCGCUACAAGGGCCUCUGGGUGCCUUAUCCCUUCCAGAACAACAUCUCCAUCCUGCCCAAAGAGGACCAGGUCGCAUGUAUCGAUGCCCUGAUCGACGCCGCGCUCGAGGCCCGCGUGGCCAACACCAAGCCCCAGAACUUCGAUGAGUGGAACGUUCGCAAUGUCGGGACUGCGAUCACGGAUAUCUUUAUGCGGCCCUACAACUUCAAGGUGUGGGCCGUGCCGCCGAGCAAGAUGCAAUGCUCCUGGCUGGGCGAGCGCGUCGCCGCGCCCAACCUCAAGGCCCUGGUCAACAACGUGAUCAUGAACAAAGUCGCCGGGAACUGGGGACCCAACGCCACGUUUCGAUUCCCCGCGCGCGACGGCACCGGCGGCAUCUGGACAGCCGUCGCGGGCACUAUCCCAGACUCGAAGAAGCGGUUCGGCAAGUUGGGGUCCGUCACCAAGGUCGACGCCGCCGGCAAGAAGGUCACCCUGGCGGAUGGCACGACCAUCAAGUACCAGAAGCUGGUCUCGACUAUGGCGGUGGACUCGCUCGUCGAGAAGAUGGGUGAUGCCGAGGGCGUCAAGCUCUCUAAGGAUCUGUUCUAUUCCAGCACUAAUGUGAUUGGUGUGGGUGUUCGUGGGCAGAGGCCGGAGCGUAUUGGUGACAAGUGCUGGCUAUACUUCCCUGAGGACAACAGCCCGUUCUACCGCGCGACCAUCUUCUCCAACUACUCGCCGCACAACCAGCCCGAGGAAAACGUCACUCUGCCGACGCAGCAGCUUGCCAACGGGCAAAAGACCGACGGCGCCGCCAAGCCCGGCCCGUACUGGUCAAUCAUGCUGGAAGUGUCCGAGUCGUCGAUGAAGCCCGUGGACCAGAAGACGAUUGUCGCAGAGAGUAUCCAGGGACUGAUCAACACGGAUCUCCUCAAGCCCGAAGACGAAAUCGUCAGCGUCUACCACCGCCGCUUCGACCACGGCUACCCAACCCCAACGCUGGAGCGCGACGGCGCUCUCAAGGACCUUCUCCCGCAUCUGUACAAGCAGGAUAUCUUGUCGCGAGGCCGGUUCGGAUCGUGGAAGUACGAGGUCGGCAACCAGGAUCACUCGUUCAUGCUGGGCGUCGAGGCCGUGGACCACGCGGUGAACGGCGCCGUCGAGCUCACGCUCAACUACCCGGACUUUGUCAACGGGCGCCACAACACGGAGCGCCGCCUUGUGGAUGGCGCGCAGGCCUUUCGCGAGUUGGAACUUCGCCAGAAGUCAUGA